AAGUCAAGUGGAUCGCGUCAGGGCGAAACAGUGUAUACUGUUUCUCUCCCCAGUGCGUAUAACGACAAAGACUCUUCUCGGUUUGAAUCUCGCGUAAAGAGGCCUCACCUCACUCGGCAAGGGAACUUAGAUAGUGCACAUCUUCCUGUUUCUCCAUAAGAUCGUGAGAGAAAAGAGCAAGAGAGAAAGAGAGAGAGAGAGAGAAGGAAAUAUACGCGAGGUCAUACAUCUUCUCUGCCUGUUAAAACGUAUCACAAGUGAGACUCGUUCAUGCAUUAAGGCGGAAGAUAUGCUACUCCACUCUGUUGCAGUAAUCACAUUGGUGGCAACUUCAAUAGCUACCCGGCCUCCUGGCUACAUUAAACAACCGGGCAACGACAAGAAUUCUCCAGAUUAUCAAUAUCAGAAUUAUGAUAUUGGAAAUGAUGAUGGCAAGAGUCAGGGAAAAAUCGAAGCAAGAUAUGACGAAUUGGCUAGUGGUCGGUAUAACGUGAAUUCCGACCAAUCUCAAACAGACGUCAAAUAUUUUGCUGACGAGUUAGGUUACCAGCCGCUCGUGAAGUAUAGGUCUUCAAACGAGCAGAGCACUGCAGGAGGAGCGCUCUUUACUAUUGGCGAAGAGGCAUUCAAGAGACUACAGAAUGAUGACGAUGUCAUUGGUGCAUCGGGAACUGUGAGGGAAGGACAGACUAUUCAAGCAGUUCAGAUCAUUCAGCCGUACAUGUUACAUAAGGAGGGCGAAGUGGGUGGUGGCGGGGGGGAAACUUUGCAAAUCGUAAAGCACGAUCAGUCAAUACUGGGCGACAACAGGGAUGUCAAACCAGGGAGUUUACUCGAGUCAAACAUCUCGGAGGAGUCUCGUAACAUAAAUUACGUAAAUCUUCCGCAACGACAGAGUUUCGAAGUAAUCUCGUCGAAUGGAAUUCCCUCCGGAGACGGAUUCACAAGCAGCCAUUCCACAACAUUACCAGUGAUCGUCCAAAGUGCUGCCAUUGCAACAGCCCAAACGUCGCCCGUCGACAUCUCAUAUGUCAAUGAUUCCGGAGACAACAAGAACGAUUUAUCAUCAGAAAUCACUGAAGAACAAUUGUUCAACGAAAAUUCCGGUACUUUUGGCCAAAGACUUGGCAUUAAUUCCCCACCAAAUUUGCCACAAUCAAUGAAUCAACAUUCAUUGAUUCAUCAACAGGAAGAAAUUUUACCCAAUAAUUUAUCACCAAAACGCUACAAGAGCAUGCCAAUUGUAAAAAAGAAUCGUGUCGAUUUGUACAAUGUCGGUUUCUCAGGUCACUUGGACCUAACUCAACAACUACCGUCCCAAAGUGCCUUUAAUGCAUUUCCCUCAACUACACUCAGUCCAAUAGUGACGACAGCGACAAAUCAAUACUCAAGCGUCUUGCCCGCUUUCAGCAAUGCCAUUGAAACUAGUCAAAAGACAGUUUACCCCAGCACUGAAAAUCCCAGACAUAAGGAAUCGGAAAUCGGAUUAUCAAAUCCACAGCAAAUAAAUUAUGCAUUACAGUCGAGUGAAAAUCAGUUUAAAACCCAUGGAUCAUCCCCUUCGAUUAGUGAUUCGAAAUUUUUCCCCGACAAAAAAUGGAUGACACCAAUACCAAAAGCACUCGACGGUUUUUCAAAACCAAUUGUAGUGGCGGAAGUCUCCAAUCAUAAACCAUUCGAGUACAGCACAACCUUUGAAUGCGAAGAUAAUAUCACGUCCAGCACACCAAUGCCCCUAUAUCCCACAACUUUACGAGCACCGGAAAUAAUUGCCCCAUCAAAUCUUGAAAAUAAGCCUUACGAUACAAUAUCCUCCAUUGUAUUGAAUCCAAUACAAGCCGGAGUUGCUCUCGUUAAUGCUGGUAAAGAACAUUUCAUAAGUCGUACAGCAAAUAAUUUACCAAUUGUCGAGAAAAAAGUCGAUCACAAUAUCGAGGCCGAUACACAAAAAACGAAUCAACAAAUAACAACAACAACAACAACAGAAAAAUCCGGAAUUGAAAUUCAAAAGUCCAUUGAGAUUUAUCAUAAUGCACCGAUUCAAGAAAUACAUUAUCCACCUCAAAUGUUCUCGCAGGUAAUUCACAUCGAUCAACUCCACGGGGGGCAACGAUAUAUCGCCGAGAAUGCACAGAAUUCGAAACACCUUCCACGUUCCGAUGCUUCCUCUGCCACCAACUCUCCUUAUGAAAUCAAUCACGAUGCAACAAUUUACCAAAACAUCCCCGAGGACAAGUCUCAUGUCUAUCUAAUUAAUCAAGAAUUCAACGAGAAUAUUUUUCAAUCCCAACUACCAAAAUUAUACAUUUAUCCCAAACAACUCGAGAGUCGUGAUUUAAAAGCAAACAUCGAAAUGAAGGAGCAAUCCAUAAAUGCAAUUCGCACCGGGAAUGAACAAGUCGACGAGUCAAUUCAAACCUAUCGAUCACCGGGCAAUAAACUCCCAGACCCUAAUCAUCAUACCCAACAAAUUCUCCCAUCAUACUCCGAAAAUUUGGACUUUCAACCACCAUCACAAAAAUCUACCGACAAAAAACAAAUUCACUAUUCGAAAAUCGAAAAGAAGUCCCCCUAUCAAAUGCCACAAAUAGAAAAGCAGCAUUCCCACCAAAUGUAUUCCCUACCGCUAGAAAAAUUAGUCGAGAAAAAAAUACCACUAUAUCAAAAAAUAAUGGGACAACCAUUCGCUAUUGAAAAAAUUGUCGAGAAACAACUGCACGUACCAUUAAUACCAGUCGAGAAAUUAGUCGAAAAGAAAAUACCCUAUCCAAUCGAAAUUGAAAAAAUAGUCGAGAGAAAAAUACCGAUUGAGGUUGCUAAGUACUUGGAAAAGCCUGUACCGAUUCAUGUACCUUAUGGAGUGCAGUACGGUGUCAGUUACCAACAGAUAAUGAAGCCUCAAAACCACAACUUGUACUCAACGCAAACUACAAAUUCCCUACCUCUCUACGGUUUAUCUAUAAUCAAGAAUAAUUUAACCCAACCUCUACAGCAGACAUUUAUCUACCAAAAACCCUUCAUUGGCCUACUUGAACAAAAAUUACCCCUAACAACAAAUCCUUAUUUCAUGAAGAAUUUCAAUCCUAAAAAGCAAAUUAUCUCACAUUUUACAAUAUCCGCCCAACCAACGUAUUCGAUCUACAAUCCAAAUAAUCGCCGGAGGCACGCUUUGCAUCGGCUGACGACGAAAGAGAAAGCGGAAAUGGACGGGUACAUUGGUCCAGUUCCAAUGCAGCAUACAUCGAAUCUUCCCCAUCACAGCCAAGGUCAACAGCAUGGUUUUCAAAGUAAAGCGUCCAACUUUCAUUCAACUAUCGCAACUCGUUCACCUUCACCAAUAACAACAUUGAGAAAAGUCAAGCAACAGGAUUUAUAUCAUCCAAUUGGUAAGGGGAGUUUUCGACAAUCAAAAAUGGAAUAUGGAUUUAAACCACCAAUGAUACCGUCAGUGCAAUAUGAUGAGGAAACUGCCUCUAAGGUCGAGAGUUGAUUAUCGUUUUUUUUUAUUCCUUUUUUUGGUGAUUAAUGUUUUUUAAGUUUUUAACGUUGAAAUGAAAUGCUGAUAUUUUUGUAUUACUACUUUUAAUUUCUAGCAUUUGACUAAUACAAUGGUUAUUUUUUAAACUAUUUUUCUUAAAUUGUGCUGAGAUUUUAUAAGAAUUUCUAAAUUUAUAAUCACAGUAUUUUUAAGGAUAUCAAAUUGAGACAAAUAAAUGAAUCAAAAGUGUUGCCUCGCAACAUAUUUUAUUCGUUUUUUGACUCAAUUUGGUAUCCUUAGAAAAAUCCUUAUAAAUAUUUUAUAAAAUUUGUUUUAACAAAAGAGGCUUUAAGUGACCGUCUGCGUCUUUUGAAUUUUUAUUUAUUUUUUUUUGUUAAUUUUUGCAACCCAUGCUUAAUCUGCCUUUAAUUUUAAUUUUUUGAAGCCUUUUUUGACAAAAAGUCUACUUUUCGUAUG